GGUUUUAGCGACAAAUAUGAUGGUCUUUUUUCUUGCAUCUUCAGGCUUUACAUGCCCCUUGAUCCGGCGUCAAGUCCACACUGCACGGAAUAAUUGAAGAUUCGUAUUUUUUUGUGUGAUUUCUGUUUCAUAAAAUUUCACUAUUCGAACUUUGCGUGGCCUUUAAUAAAGAUCCCACACCAGUUUUUCUAAUCAUUGUUUACUCUUGUCAGUAACAUAGCUUUUCUGUAUUAGCUCAUUCUGCUUGAUACUGCGAUGCUAUCAAUCUAUACUUAAGUUUUUAAAGGGUUUUCACAUGGGAAGGAAUUUAUUCCUAAGCGAUAUACCCUCGGAUAUCAAUUUAGUUAAAACAACAUGGUCUCAGGUCCUCUAAUAUUAUUUAUUUUCUUUUAUUGUCACUUCUCCAUGCUCAUGUGAUGUGUAUUCUCUUGAGUGGGGCUAGCUUUAUAAAGUUGAUAUUUAGCUAAUUAUCAGCUCACGUUCAAGGGUCAAUUGAAUGAAUAUAUAAUUGAAUUGCAAAUUCUGCUUGUUCUGGACAAUUCAGAUUUGGCAUAUUCUAUUUUCAUUUUUCGAAUACGUAGAAUUAUUCAAGCAAAGCUUUCUCAUUUACUUUUAUAUUGAAUACAUGCCCAUUGAUUUCGCAGUAAUAAGGCAUGUGCCGCGAUUUCAGUUACAUUCCGGGAAACCUGAGUUCGAGAAGCAGCUGCAAGAUUAUACCAAACUAAUGAAGAAGAAUGACUGGAGACUCUAUGGACCUUCCAAGUAUUUCUCCUACAGCAAACCGACUGAACAAAGCUAGUCAUGUGGGAACACGUGUAUACUAAUAUUCAUGUUGUACUAGUUUAUCUUUUUGAGCGAUUUCAAUAUUGAGGGUAAUAUUAAGAACAAUGCUAAGAGGGAAUAGAUAGAUCCCUUUUUCAUUUUUCAAUUAUUACUUUUUCCCCAUUAUGACUCCACUACACACUAUACAUAAGCAAAGUUCAAAAAAGAUUCAAUGAGUUUAGCAGAGGAGAUCAUCCGAAAUCCCUUUUCUGCAGUUAGCGCGAAGAAUUUCCCACUACUAGUGACCGUGGAGAAAAAAGAUGUUAUUCUGAAAUUAAUUGAUGAUGCCGUCUAUUGCGACGCCUGGGAGGCCUACUUUGUGUAUGCUCACGAAAUGAGCAUUCCUUUGUCCGAUGAAAUAGCUUUUGAGGCUGUCCACGCUGUGGGCUUAGAUGUUUUUAGUGUGCACCUUUGGAUCGAGGCCGCCAGAUGCUGCUCAAACCGAGAAAACCAACUUGAGAUUUAUCAUCUUGGUCUUUCCGUACCGCUCUAUGACCGCCAUCUUCUUUACGCAGAAUAUAAGGCAUCUGAUGAUGUGGACUCAGUAAACUUUAUCGAGGAGAAUGAGGCCUUUGAUAAAGUUCUUGAGCUCGAAAGAUGGCCUGAUCGGUAUGCCCAUUUCUAUUGUGAUACAGAUAAGAUCGAGGUACGUCGGCAAUGGAUUGCUCUUCUUCAAUGCAUGAAGAAUGUUCUGGAGAAUGGAAUUUUAGAAAGGGAUAUUCAAAUACGUCGGAUGAUUCUUGCGUAUCGCCAGAUGUGUGCCCAGCUACCUGAGGACGACUCCUGUUGGUAUGAUUACUGUCUUUUUCUGCUGGACACUGUUGAUGAUAAGGAAUUCGCUCUUGAAACUGCCUUGACUGGACUUCGUACAAUAAAGCAAGAUUCCUUUGCGCUUCUGAAUAUUGUAAACAUUUUGAUGAGCGAAAAGAAUGACACAGCUCCUAUGAAUAUGUCUGACAAGGCGCUUUUCUCGCAGAGAGUUAUUGGGGAGGAGCUUGCCCAAGCUACCUCUGGAACGAAUAAGGAGUGUGUUAAACGGCUCCGCAGAAUCGGCAAGCUCGCCGCAAGUGAGGGCGUGCAUGACUGGAAAGUGUACUCCCAGUGGAGUACAUCCGAACACUUGGUCGUGAAGGAUUCCCAAAUGGCCUCCAAAAUACUCGAGAACGGUGUGGUUUGCUGCUCUGCAUCGCCGGAUGAUGCGAUUUUGCUUGAGGAUGAAGCGAUUCAGCACCACCUUGCCCAGCAUCAUGAGCGUGAGGCCUUAGGUUAUGCUGAGCAACAGGUCGAGGAAGCUUCAGCAAGGCACGAUGUCGGAAGAAGAAAGGCAGCGUGGAACCGCUUAGUCUCCACGGAAAAAAAACUUGGCUUGACUCUUUCCAAGGCUGUAGGCCGUCGCAAUGAAGUAUUUCCUCGCACCCGACUUAAAUCCUUCCUUGAGAAAGUGCGAGUUGGUUGCUAUUUACCGUGUUCGAAGGAAGAGUUUCACUGGAUGCAGUUCUUAGAGGAUUAUGAGGCAAAAAAGAACUCUGAAAUCGAUCCUACCUACCAGUGGCUGGAGGUUCCAAAGGAGAAAAGACUUUCUCCUGCCUUUACUGUUCCAGCAUUUUUCGAGACUGUGGAUGAGACUCAUUGGCCGGUGCUCGUGAUGGCGCCAAAUCCAUUUGAGCCCAAGGAGUCCGACGAUCCAGAUGCUGUGGUGGGACCUCGAGAGUUCUGUGGAAAGUUAGUCUACCGGUUGCAAGUUGACAAGCCUACAAAAGCCCGCUUGCAGCGAGAGGAUCAGAUAAGAAGAAUACAGGAUCUGAAUAGUGACGCUUUAGGAAAGGCUGAAAGCCCUUUGGGACGCUUGUUUAAGCUCCUCAAAGAUCGUACGUUUACCGAAGCACAAAAAAGGCAACUGCAAUCGCUCUCGCUUGAAUGGAUUAUAACACAGUUGAUUAGUUCUGAGUUAAAUCUUAGCGAAGGCCUCAAUAAAAGGGUAAGAAAAACAUAA